CUGCUGUGCCCGUGGCGGAGGCGUUGCUCUGUGCACCUCCCCGCGUCCGCAGAACGCUUUCUUGCGGCUCUGGGGGUUCCCGAGCUGUGAGCGCGAAGUGUCCGGGCGGGAGCUGCGCCGUUCCUGCGCUGAUGCUUCGGGUGCUGUUUUAGGGCCGCCCGCAGCGCUGCUCCCCGCCUCAGCGCGGGGUUGGCGUGGAGCCGUGCUGGCAAAGGGCUGCUUACUUAACUCCACUUCUUUCCUCUUGGCGUUUGAGCGCUGGAAGCCCGGGUCCGUGCCCGCAGUGUGCUGUGCUGGGGGCUGCGAUGUGUGCCAGCGGCUCCGGAGUGGUUUUCCCCCACCGAAAUAUCCCCGCGAACCCUGAGCUCCCCCUGCUGCUGCCAACCCCGGAGGUUCUGGCACAUCUCCUGGCCCUGCAGCAGCCCGGCUCCAGCGCAGGGCUGUCGCUGCUCCCUGCGGUCCCCAGCCCACGCUGUGUGUCUGUCUCCCUCUCCAGCUCGGCUUUGUGCUUGACCAUGAACGCCAGUGGCCCCGGCUACCCGUUGGCCUCUCUCUACGUGGGGGACCUCCACCCGGACGUGACCGAAGCCAUGCUCUAUGAGAAGUUCUCACCUGCGGGGCCCAUCCUGUCCAUCCGGGUGUGCCGGGACGUGGCCUCGCGCCGAUCGCUGGGCUAUGCCUACAUAAACUUCCAGCAGCCGGCGGAUGCUGAGCGAGCCCUGGACACCAUGAACUUCGAAGUGAUCAAGGGCCGACCUGUCCGAAUCAUGUGGUCGCAGCGAGACCCUGGGCUCAGGAAGUCAGGGGUUGGAAACGUCUUUAUCAAGAACCUAGAUGACUCCAUUGACAAUAAAGCCCUGUACGACACAUUCUCAGCCUUUGGGAACAUCCUGUCCUGCAAGGUGGUUUGUGAUGAAAAUGGAUCCCGUGGCCAUGGCUUUGUUCAUUUUGAGACUCAAGAGGCAGCAACUCGGGCCAUCGAGACCAUGAAUGGGAUGCUCCUCAAUGACCGCAAGGUGUUUGUUGGCCACUUUAAAUCCCGCAAAGAGCGCGAGGCAGAAUUUGGGGCUAGGGCAAUGGAGUUCACCAACGUCUACAUCAAAAACUUCGGGGAUGACAUGGAUGAUAACAGACUGCGGGAGAUAUUCUCCAGGUUUGGAAAGACGCUGAGCGUCAAAGUCAUGAUGGACAACACCGGGCGCUCCAAGGGCUUUGGGUUUGUGAACUUCGAGAAACACGAAGAAGCCCAGAAGGCCGUGGCUGACAUGAAUGGAAAGGAGAUCAACGGGCGGAUGGUGUAUGUGGGCCGGGCACAGAAGCGGCUGGAGCGGCAGAGUGAGCUGAAAAGGAAAUUUGAGCAGAUGAAGCAGGAGCGAGUGAGCAGGUACCAGGGGGUCAACCUGUAUGUGAAGAACCUGGAUGACGGGAUAGAUGAUGAACGGCUGAGAAAGGAAUUCUCUCCUUAUGGCACCAUCACCAGUGCCAAGGUGAUGACAGAGGGUGGCCACAGCAAAGGGUUUGGCUUUGUAUGUUUUUCCUCUCCAGAAGAGGCUACCAAGGCCGUGACCGAAAUGAACGGACGGAUUGUUAGCACUAAGCCUCUCUACGUUGCACUUGCACAAAGGAAAGAGGAGAGAAAAGCAAUUCUCACCAACCAGUACAUGCAGCGAUUGGCCACCAUGAGGGCACUGCCUGGCCCUUUUCUUGGCUCCUUCCAGCCUCCCCCAGGGUAUUUUCUCCCCCCCAUCCCUCAGCCGCAACCCAGAGCUGCUUUCUACAGCCCCAGCCCAGUUGUCCCUGUCCGUCCUGCCACUCGUUGGAGUGCGCAGCCCUCCCGGUCUCCCACAGCGUACCCUGCAGCCACCCCCGUCCUGAGGGCUGCUGUGCAGCCCCGGCGCCUGGUGUCCAACAUCAGCACCAUGAGACAGGCGUCCACUCAAGUGCCUCGUGUGCCCCCCCAGGCGCAGAGAGUGGCCAACAUAGGGACGCAGACAGUCAGUGCCCGGGUGCCCUCCUCGCCCACCCUGCGGGGUGCCCCGCAUUACAAGUACUCCCUGGCUAUGAGGAACAUCCAGCCCAUGGGCAGUGUGCCACCUGGGGCUCAGCAGGUGGGAGAACCUGCUGUGCACGUCCAAGGGCAGGAGCCGCUGACGGCAUCCAUGCUUGCAGCAGCCCCUCCACAGGAGCAGAAGCAAAUGAUAGGUGAGCGGCUCUACCCCCUGAUCCAUGCAAUGCAUGCCUCACUGGCUGGCAAGAUCACAGGCAUGCUGCUGGAGAUUGACAAUUCAGAGCUGCUGCUUCUGCUGGAGUCCCCUGAAUCCCUGCACUCCAAGAUUGAGGAAGCAGUUGCUGUUCUCCAGGCACACCAGGCCACUGAGGCGUCACACAAGGGCAGCACGGCCCCAUUCCUGCAGUGAGCCCUGACUUCAUGACUGAGAGUGAACCUUGAGAACGUUGCCUUUGGAGAACAGCAGCAGCCGCCUCACCUCACCUUGCUUUUGGAACUGUGCCCUCACACUGACCCUGGUUUGCCUUCAAUGCCCAUCCUGCUUUUUGUGUGUACUGUGCAUCUUGCAGAACCACUUCCUCCUUGCACCACUGUAGAAGUUAAUUCUCUUCUGAAAGCAUCUUGUGAAAUGUAAUGUGGAACUCAGUCUGACUCAGUUGCCCAGGAAAUGACAAGUGCAGAUGAAUCGUCGCUUCAGUGAAUUUACUGGGUUCUGUAGUUUUAUUUGCUUCUGUAGCUGGUGCUAAUAAAGAACUGAUGCUUCCACUUCUGAAGCAUGAGUUGGCUUCCUUUGCAGAAAGGGAGCAAAUACUCUGCCUUGGUUUGUGCUGGAGGAGAAACACAUGUCAGCUAUGCUGCUGCAAUUAGUGCUUGAAGCUUGUGAUGUUGGCAGGGUGAUAGUCCUCAGGGACAGGAAAAGCACCAUGUAGGACUACACAGACUGCUGACCAGCAGCUCUCCUGAUCCUUCCACUCUCUGGGAGGAUGUCUUUAAGUAAAUUUGGCACUAUCCACUUGGAUUUUAUCCUUUCUAGGUAGCCCUUCUAUAUUUCCCUCUUCUAAGACACUGCUUCUUCCUGCAGCUCUUCUUCUAUAACAGAGCUUGUAUGCCUGCAGGAGUGCUGGGGCUGAGAACCUUCUGCCUGUCACUGUACUGUAUGUGGCUCUGUGGUGCACGAGACCCAGCUGAAGUUACUGUGGAUCAAAAGCUGCUUCUCCUGUGUAUUUUCAGGCUGAUGGGCUGAAAACACCGAUAAUUGCAUGGAGGAUGUUAAGACCUAUUAUGAAUGUCUGCUCUUAGUAUCUCCUGGAGCAUACUGCAGUUGCUAUAGUCAUCCUGGCCUUAAUGCUCCACUCUGCAUUCAGGAGUGGAAUUUCUGUCUCUAGUGCUUCCUUAGAAUUAUACUUGGGAUUGUCAAUCAAUAUACUGACCUUAUUUGACUGCUUCCUUUAGCUCACAGGAGUACACCUCCAUCAGCACAGCCCACCUUCUUUCUAUCUAUCUUGUGUUGGCACUGCUGUCUCAUUCUUCCUUCUGUGCUGUAUCACACCCUCCUCUCAACUCACUACUGAUUCAUCCCUCCUACCUCUUGUUUUCUUUCUAGCAUUUUAAUAGGAGCACUUACACAUUUGCUCUUCCAUGGCUGCUGUUCUGCUCAGCUGGGACUCUUUCCUGGGGCUUUUCUUCUUUCCUGCUCUGAGCUCUUUAAAUAUUUUGUUUCUUCAUAGAGGAUGCCACAGCCUGAGCUGUGCAUUACUUAGACAAUUCCUUAUCAGUGAGAUGCUUACUUCCUCUUGGUUAUUUUUUCCCAAUGUGUAACUGGUUGGAAGCUCUUAUACUUUUUCUCUAGAGAGGAAAGUGCAUAUUGCAUAUGAGAAAUGUAUAUUAGGAGCUGGGAUGGAAUUGUACUGGUGAAAUUCAUUCUGUUGCCUAGUUUGAGUCUGAAGCAGUUCUUCAGGCAUAGCAUACCAGUUUGGAUGUGCCUGUUGCAUCACUGACAGCACUAGAAGUCAUUUCAAGAAAACAGCUAGCAGUAGUUCAGGAUGAGCAGAAUAUGGAACAGCCAAAGAUAGGAUAUUAACAAAGGCUGAAGUGCUUAAAACCUUUACAUGAAAAUGUAAACUUGCCACUUGAAUACUCGUGAAUCCAAGAAAAUGCUGGUGAGUUCUCAGCGUAGCUCCCUGGUUGAACUCCUCAGGGAGGUCUCAGGCUUCAGCAGGUUGAGGCAGGAGCAGCAGUGCACGUGUAAGUCUGGAGUCUGGUUUGGAAUAGUCACUGUGGUAUAUGAAAGAGGUAGAUGGAGUGCCUCUGUGAGAAGCACUUUCCAACUGCCCAUGUGGGUUCCAACAUCUUUGCCUGCCUGGAAAAUACUUUGUGCAGUCAGCAGCACGGUUGCUGGAACAAAAGAGGAGGAGAGGAGCAGAAGAGACCUGGGCUUGAAGCAUGGCAUCAUUUUGCUGUGUUUGAUCUGUGUCCGGUUGGUGGCAUUGCACUUUACUGGGGAAGGUUCUAGAGAUAAGACAGCAAAAAGGCAUUGCUGUGUUUGGGGGGGGAGGAAGAGAUAAUGAUUGCUGCUGCCUAGAAGCACUGUAAUGAAUUGUAGUUGGAACAGUGCAGGUGUCUGCCAGCCCUGAUAACGCAGGGAUGUUAAAAGAAGUGCUCUUAUUUAAGAGCAGACUUUUAAAUAAGAUUUCCUCCUGUGUUCAGGGACAUUCCUCUGCUUAUCUAUGUAUGGCUGGCCUGUGCUUCACACCCUGAAAUCCAUCAUGCUUACCUUGUAACAGCCUGGGGAAUGGUGGGUGCAGGGUCAGUGGAGUUACAGUGUGCAGAGGAUGGGGAUUUAAGGAAUUAGAAUUUGCCCCUGGGGGGGGGUAUAUGAAUAUAUAUAAUACCCUGGUGGUAUUGUAGCUGAUGGAGUAUAACUCUGGGACCUAUAAAGAGCUGCUUAAUGUCAGGCCAAGAUAAGUCUUUGUCUUACAAGAGUGUAACAGCAUUAGUAAUGUCUGCCUUCUAAAUUCAGUUCAAUGGAGCAUCUGCCUGGAGUACUAACAGUUGGGAUCAUUACUGUAAGCUGUUAGAUCACAUCUAGUGUUGUCCAGCACUAAAAGG